AACACCUUGUCACCCCCCUCUCCCCCCUCCCCUCCAAACAAAAUGAGACUGGCAAAAAUGUGCCGACUGAACGCGCUGGGGAUCUAUUUGUGGGAAACCGUAGUGUUCAUCAGCCUGGCAGCGUCGAAAGAAGCUGCCGCGAGAAAAGCCGCCUCUCCGAUGCCGCCCUCCGAGUUCCUGGACAAGCUCAUGGGCAAAGUGUCGGGCUACGACGCCAGAAUCCGACCAAACUUUAAAGUGCUCACCAAAGACCCCAAAGGCUCCAAAAGUGAAGCUACUCACAAGAAAGGUCCGCCCGUAAACGUCACCUGCAACAUUUUUAUCAACAGUUUCGGGUCCAUCGCUGAAACAACAAUGGACUACAGGGUGAACAUCUUCCUGCGGCAGCAGUGGAACGACCCCCGGCUGGCCUACAGCGAGUACCCCGACGACUCGUUGGACCUCGACCCGUCCAUGUUGGACUCCAUCUGGAAGCCCGACUUGUUCUUCGCCAACGAGAAGGGGGCCAACUUCCACGAGGUCACCACGGACAACAAGCUGCUGCGCAUCUCGAAGAACGGCAACGUGCUCUACAGCAUACGAAUAACACUGAUCUUGGCCUGUCCCAUGGAUCUGAAGAACUUCCCUAUGGAUGUCCAGACCUGCAUCAUGCAGCUGGAGAGCUUCGGUUACACCAUGAACGACCUGAUAUUCGAGUGGGACGAGAAGGGAGCGGUGCAGGUGGCCGACGGCCUGACGCUGCCUCAGUUCCUACUCAAAGAGGAGAAGGACCUGCGCUACUGCACCAAGCACUACAACACAGGUAAAUUCACCUGCAUCGAGGCUCGUUUCCACCUGGAGCGUCAGAUGGGCUACUACCUGAUCCAGAUGUACAUCCCCUCGCUGCUCAUCGUCAUCCUGUCCUGGGUUUCCUUCUGGAUCAACAUGGACGCCGCGCCCGCCCGGGUGGGACUGGGCAUCACCACGGUGCUGACCAUGACCACGCAGAGCUCCGGGUCCAGAGCCUCGCUGCCCAAGGUGUCCUACGUGAAGGCCAUCGAUAUCUGGAUGGCCGUGUGUCUGCUGUUCGUGUUCUCCGCCCUGCUGGAGUACGCCGCCGUCAACUUCAUCGCCCGCCAACACAAGGAGCUGCUGCGCUUCAGACGGAGGCGGCGACACAUGAAGGAGGAUGAGACGGGCGAGGGGCGCUUCAGCUUCCCCGGCUACGGGAUGGGCCCCGCCUGCCUGCAGGCCAAGGACGGCAUGGCCAUCAAGGGCAACAACAACAACGCGCCGGCCUCGGCCGCGCCGGAGAAGACCAUCGAGGAGAUGAAGAAGCUGUUCAUCGGCCGCGCCAAGCGCAUCGACACGGUGUCCCGCGUGGCCUUCCCGCUCGUCUUCCUCAUUUUUAACAUUUUCUACUGGAUCAUUUACAAGAUCAUCCGCAGCGAGGACAUCCACAAGCAGUAGUGGAGGAGGAGGCGGCGGAGGAGGGUGAACAUGAAGAGGGGAACGAAGGAAACAGAAGGAGAGGAUAGAGAGAGAGAGAUGACCUUUUUAUCACACCGACCACGCCCCCCCCCCCCCACCCUUUCCUCGUCCUCGUCCUUCGUCCUGGUUCGGUCGAGGAUCAGAUGCUUCCUGCGUCCAUCACCUUCCUCGACUCCCGCCCGACCCCGACCACACAUUAUUCACAGCUUUCUUUGCCCGUUAUUCUCCUCCCUCUCUUCACACCUCCUGAAGAACCCGGACCAGUGCAAUAGCAAUGCAGUAAAAUGCAUGAUAUAUGAAUGUGGCAAUAUAUUUAUGAAAAGAUGAAAUAGUUAACACGGACAUUUGGCUGGACGGACUGGAACAGAAGGGAGCGAUGAGCGUCUUGUAUCUGAUUUUAGAUUUCUUUUUUUCUUCUCUUUGUUUGAAGACAGAUAUAUAAUUCUAUAUGAACAAUGUGAUCUGGGGACCGGGCGGGGGGGGGGGGGGGGGGGGGGGGGGGCAUACAGCAGUGUAAUAUACUCAUAUAUCUAUAAAUGGAAUUAAAGUGGAAAUAUGGAGAAUGAGGGAUUUUUUUCACCCCCACAAAAAAAGGAGGAAGGAGGAAGAGGAAGGAGGAAGAGGAAGAGGAAGGAGGAGGAAGGAGGAUGAAGGAGGAUCAGUGCUUCCAUGAAUUUAAAAGCGAUGCAAGGACGUGACACAUUCUAUAUCUAGAUUUGCUUCAAAUGUGAACUGUCGGCACUCGUCGAUGCUUUUUCUGCGCCCCGCCCCCUUCUCACCGCCCCGCCCCCUUCUCACCGCCCCGCCCCCUGCUCACCGCCCCCUCACUACCCCGCCCCCUGUCCAUCGCCCCGCCCACCGCCCGCCCCCUGUCCAUCGCCCCGCCCCCCGCCGACACCACGGGAACCUCGGCCCACAGAGACACUUGAGGUUCGCCGCUGCUGCCGCUGUCAAUCACACGGGAAGGAAGAGAAGAAUGGAAAGAAAAAAAGAAAACAGAGGACGAGCAGCGCCGGACAUCAUGAGACAGAAUCUGUCAUCGCUCCUCCGCACGUCCGGCGUUUAUUUCACGUUGCGUUUGUUUCUAAACUCGUGCCAAAUAAACACGUCACUUGUGGCUCCGACCUUCUUCGUCAGGAGGUUUGACGUCAGCUGAUGCAUCGCCCGCCCCCCCCCCCCCCCCCCCCCCCCCCUCACAUGCGUCGUCUGUGUUCUUUGUGUUGGUUUCGUUUCCAUCGGCUGGAGAAAGAACAACUGGAUCCUGACACGAGUGAAAUGACCUUUGGGACUGAAACGUACGAUAAGUUUACAUCCUCUCAGUGCUUCCUUGCUUCGCCCCCCAGCUGAGAGGAUAUAUGUAGUAACUUGUACAGAUUAUAACACCUGUUAUACCUUAAUUAACUCUCUUUCCAUCUCGGUCACUUGCACCAACUGUAGCUGCGAACGUCACGACUCGUCUUGAAAAGCUUCUUUAUCAUAUCGAGUUCCAUCCUGUCUCGGCCUCGUUGGACGGGAUCUGAUCUGGCGGCAGGUCGUUGGGUUUGAGGAUUUGUCCGAUUAUUAUUAAUAUUAUUGUUAUUUAUCUCUUUUACUUUGCAGCAGGCUUCUCUAUGCAAUGAUCAGUAAGAUGCAGUUGUGCAUCUGUGAACUCUUAAACAAAUACGCUUAUUGGCAAAUAUGGACGAAGUGAAAUUAAUAAUGCAGUUUUAUUUAUUUACUUUUGUUUCACUUUUGCCCAAUUCCUGCAGACGACUGUUUGGAACAACUGUUAGAAAUCAGCAGGAGGUUGAUGGAACCGGACGGAGCUCGGGAAGAAAAGAGCAGAAACAAGGAAGUCAGAGAGUUCGACAUCUUCUUUGUUCUGUUUCCGUCUGUUCUUCUUCUUUUUCUUCAGCAUUUUCCUCUUUCGCUCACAUCUGCAUCGUUUACCCGGAAAAAAUAUAUAUAUAUAUUCCAAAGUGCUUCUUUACUUUACCAGAAACUUCCCACAUUGAGUUUUAAAUAUUCAUUGUAAUCUUAUUCUUAACUGCAUUUUAUCCAGAAAGUGUUUGUCAGAGACGUCCGGUAUUUUCCACAACUGUCUCACGUUCUCACGGGGAAUCGCAGGACGCAGGUGAGAGGCUCGAUGGCACUGGGUCACAGGGGAUUAGCCUAGCUUAGCAUCAGUUGUCGUGUGUGUGAUCGAGACAUACUGAAUAAAUGAAUGCUUGUCUUAUUGAAGAUAUGUACUUGACAGUUUUGGGGGAGGGGCAUGCCAGCUGUUUAGCGUGGUUUAUGCUAAGCUAAGCUAGGCUAAUGAGUUGCGGCUCCAUCCGUAGCACAGGUGAAAUGCUUCUCAUCUUCUCAUCUUACUCUCUGACAGAAAGUCCAUUAUUGUAUUUUCCAAAACGUUUCACACUUUGUUGAUGAACUCAUGUCACUCACGGUUUCCGUCGUGGAACCUGACGAUGUCUGAGCCCCGGUCCAACUUGGUUUUGAAGCAAAACCAAAGAUUUUCUUUUUGUGUCUCGUGCUUGAUGUUGCUGUUUUUUGCUGCUGUUGUCGGGCGAAUGCUCCAGAUUUUAAUAUUAUCAUAUUCACUUUGUCUUUGAGUUCAAUAACUGAUUGCCAGAUAGAAUAUUGAGUUAGAUUACCUUCAGCUAUACACAUAUUAUUAUAGUAUAUACAAAAUAUUUUCAUAUGGAACAUUUCCCUCUACACAAUUUAUACUUGUAAAAGAUUUUUUAUUAAUUAUUUGCCUAUUUAUUUGAAGCAUUGAGACUUCAUUUAUUGACUUAUUGAUGUAUUUAUUGACGAGAGGAGAUUCUUACAGUGUGUUGAAAUGCGUAGAGGAGAUGUUUUGUUUCAUUCCAUUGUGUUUUCAUGCCAUAUUUCAUGAACAGAGUUAUGGAGUGUUGCGUCACGACGCUCGUUCUUCUGUCGACGUUCCAACAAGUUGUUUUUCUUUACAGUGAAAGUGCCAUAGACUCAGUUCACCCCACGAACUAUGCAUAAGAAUAACCUUUUCGAGGCCAUGAUCACCAAGGACGCAUUUGGAUUGGAUCAUCUAUACCGCUGACAUUCUGGACGUUAACUUUGCGAUUACAUUUCGUCAGUUUCAGAAAAAAUAAUACAUUUCACAACUCCAGUUUGAAACAAGAAGUUUCAUGGCGAUUGAGCGGCUUCGACAAAGCUGCAACAAAAAACCCUUCGUUUUCCCGAAGAGCGGCAGAGACAAUGCUAAAACAAUUGGCUUGCUUGCAGAUGCUAAGUGUGAAAACAGUAGCCAUGUGCAUAAAUAUUCAUCUUGCAUUUCAUGUGCAACUUAUUGUUGAGCACCACAGACAAAAUUCCCAACAAUAAAGUUUUCCCAAAGCGCCGGGCGAAUACUGGAAUCAACUUACUCGUGAAGUUGAGGCAAUGUGGCGUAAUGUUAGAAACGAUAUGCAGUUGAAACAACGACAGAUAAACUUCCCUUGUUUUCCGCUGAAAGUCAACUUUCACGUGAAGCUUCGUAGAAGCAAAAGAAACCAGAAGGCGCCGUAGGCGAGUCAACAGGAGCAGCACAUGCGCUUUUUAUCUUCAUAGGAAAUUUGUAACUUGCAGAUGACUCCAGUGACUCCAGUGUGACAUGUUCCGUGCAACUUGCCAACGCCACAGGGGAAGUUACAAAGAGAAAUAGGUAUCUAUAAUAGAGGAAUCCAUCAGAAACUGUUUCGCUCACUAGUUGUUAAAAAACACAAGCGAAUUGAAAAUUAACAUUUUGAUUACGCUUUAAGUGAAAUGCAGGUUUUAUUCAAAUAGCAUGUCAUUGAAAGUGAACAGCAACGUCUUCAUUCCUCAUGCAUGACAUUUGAACUGCAGAGUCCAAAAGAUGUUGAGUUUUAAUUUAAUAACAAUUUCAUAUCUUGUCUUUUGGCACAAGACUAAGUAUCUUCGGGGGCUCCGUAAGAAAAGGAAUAAUGCCUGACCCUAACUUUACCCGAGGUCAGAAGAACAAAAGUUAUAUCUAUAGAUUUGUUGACGUUAAUCCAGCGCCAUCUAGAGUUCCUCCGGGGAACAGCGCCUCUUCUCUGAUCACGGCCCGAACUCCGUUCUAAUCAGGACCAGUCACUUCCCUCUGUGCCAAAGACGCCGACCGGUCCGACGCACCUCUCUGCCAACAGCAGAGGCUCGUACAUAUCUCUAUCGUGCCAUAAGCGUGGGUUGAAUAUGCAACUGGAAGACGAGGAACCUACGAGCAUAUCGUGCAUUCACCCAGCCAUCGCUUCUACAUGAAGUCUCUUUCACACGUUCAUACGUCAUUGUCCUUCUCGGAGCUUGGUCGUAGGCUUCACGUCAUUGUAUUAAUCAUUGUCAUACUGUGUGGGGGUCGGGGGGAGGGAGGGGCUCAUAACGUGAGACAGAUACUGCGUCUGUCUGCGAUGCGGACGAACUGAACAACGACAGACGUGUUUUCGGGGAAGUUUAUAAAUCCUUAGGUUCUGAAACUGGAUUUUAAAGUAGCAUGGUUUGAUUUGUUGAUGAUUAAUGAUUCUAUUGAUUUAUGGGGUUGUUCUUAAAUCUUAUGGUAUCUAUUGUACAAUCCGAUGCCCUGAGGGAGAAGACGAAACACAGCGACUCCUGAACUGCUGUGAACUAAAAGAAAGAUUAUUAUUAUUAUCGUUAUAAUUAUUAUAUUUAUUUAUUUUCUUUGCACAAGUUGGAAUGGCCUUAAUUUUGCUUUACUCGCUUCUAUUGUGUAUUGGCACAAAGUGCACCCGUUUCAUUUGCAGAAAUUAUGACGCUUAUAAUCUGAGAGUGCACAUCAAAGCAGGAUGAAAAAAAAAUAUGAAGUUCAGCAAAUUCUUUUUAUUUUUCAUUAAUCUGAAGAAAAAAAAACAAUAUUUUGCAUGAAUAUAAAUACAAUGGCAGAUAUUUUGGCUUGUACAAAAAAAGUGAAGCAAUUUGAAGAGGAAAAAAAAGAAUGUACCGUUUCUGCUGUAUCUGUAUAUAUCUAAAUAUUUAUUGAAAUAUGUCAUACUACUAAUUCUAUUAACGAUUAAAGGUUUUCUGGACAAAAAUCUCUUUACCUGUUUUUGAAAAAUUGUCAAGGUUGUUGGAGUUGGAUCUUCUGCUUUCUGUUACUCGACUCAAGGAUCUGUGUAAUCAUUGAAGAAAAAGUAUUAAAAAUUGCAAAUAA